AUGAGCGAUUUCCAAGUGCAAGUAGAUCCAAAAAACAAAAUACUCAACGAGGAUGGAGAGCCAGUCGUCGAAAUACGAGAAGAUGUCGCAGAGCCCAAGAAGAAGAUAAAGACAGGGGUGACAGAGCCACUGGAUUACGAUAGAGACGAUGAGAAAGUCAGCAGGCAGCGUAUAGAGCGGCUGAAGGGAGUUUUGGGUGAUGAUUUUCAGGUGAAUUCAGAACCGGAGAAGACGAGUAGAAAGAGCGUACGCUUCAAUGAGUCUGUAGAAUUAAAUGAGGGGGAUUCUGAAGCACGCGAGAAGCCAUCCAACAAGACAAGCGCAUAUAAAGGCGCUGUUGGUGAUAAUGUGAUUGAGAGAGAAGCCCAGCCACAGCCACAGCCACAGCCAUCUAGGCGGAGUAAAGAGCCAGACGAAGAAACCUCAACGAGUGACGAAGACUUGGAUUUCUACGAGGAUGACGAUGACGCGCUUGAUAUCGAAGCAGAUCUCAUCCAUCAGCAGCUAGCGGUGGCUUAUCACAGUAAGCGAAAUAGUAUGAUGGAUUAUAGUAGCGAUGCUUGGAACCAGGAAGUUGUCCCCGAUAACGCCAAUUUGGUUGGAAAUGCACCGCCAAAAUCAAGAUUUGAGCCAUAUUCAAGGCGAUCUUACAGCGAUAAGAUGAUAAAUGAGCAAGGCGAUGAGGAGCAGGUGUCGAUAAUGAUACCAAGGCUCAUUCCAGGCAUGAAGAUGGGCAAGUAUCAGCAUGAUCAAGGUGUGAUUACAGCAGACGAGCCAGAUGACUGGGAUGAGCAUACAGAGGAGGCUAAGCAGAUGCUUGAGCAGUUGAGAAUGGGCAAUAGAGAAGAAUUGCCGCAGAUCGUCAAGCCUGAGUCGAGGGAGCUCUACACGAAUCGUACGCACCAGGCAGCUCCAAAGCAUUUACCAACGAUAUCAAUAACCCCACAUGGCCAUCCUCACCGCGUUUUAUACAACUUUGUUCACACUCAGCUUAACGCCGAGAACUAUCUCUUGACCCCUUCAAAAAAUGGCGAUCUUUGCGUGGCUAAAUUGAGCCUCGGAAGCGACAACAGAAGCGUCAGCUGCGAGGCCAGUAGAAACCUCAAAUGGUUCAUUUCAAACGCAGGUGUUAUGAACCCUGUAUACAAAGUCAGCCUUCCAAACCCCAGUUUAGACGGCGAUGACUUACCCUUGUUCCAAAUAAGCAAGCCUAAUCCCAAUGCAAACUUUUGGUCUCUUUUCUAUUUUGUCUUUGGUGGCUAUCAAAUACCUCCGAAAAGAAUCGAGUUUGGCAAAAUUACGAAAUCCACCAACAAAGAUAAGCAAAAUGAGUUCAAGAUUGCAAUCACAGGUAAGACAUCCGAGGAGAAAGCUGUGUGGCAGACACUCGGUGAAGGAAACGAGGAUGCCGUUGAAUGGGUUAUUCUCUGCACCAUUCUCAAUCUAUUAGACGAUGAGAUCAAGAAGUCUCCUUCCGAGAUUCCAAUUAUGCAACCGCAAUCCAAGACAAGUUCGCUUAACAGGAAGCCAUCGCAGGCACCUUCGGCUGCGUCUACAACAUCUGCAACGUCUGCUGCUUCGGCCACUUCUUACAUGGGAGCACCAGGUCAUUAUCAGCAACCAGGAGCACCUUCAGUUAUGACGCCUCCAAGACCAGUCGUAUCUCCACGACCAAUGGUAUCUGCAAGGCCAGUAGCUCCCAGGCCAGUAGCUCCAGUUGUAGCAGCCGCGCCUCCACAAAACUCACGCAUGGUAUCACAAAGGACGCCACAGCUUGCACCAAUUGGAUUUGCACCAGGAGGAAUGCCUAUGCCGAUUCCAAUGCAAAUGCCGGUAUCAAAUCAUUCAAAACAUUCACAGCAUUCACAGCAUUCACACCAUCCACACCAUCAGAACCCCCCGCAUCCACACCCCCAGCAACCCCAUAGGAUGCCACAACAAGCAAUGCCACCGAGAAUGCCUUCUAGGGAACUCUACAAAUCGAGAUAA